AACACCAAUACAGGCAGCAUGAGUACUAUAGGGAAAGUUAUUAGGUGCAGAGCAGCCAUACUCUGGAAGCCUGGUGUACAAUUUUCCAUCGAGGAGGUAGAAGUGGCCCCACCAAAGGCAAAGGAAGUUCGCAUAAAGAUUGUGGCCACGGGGCUCUGUGGUACAGAGAUGAAAAUGUUGGAGAAUGAAACCUCUCACUACCAUUAUCCUAUCAUUAUGGGCCAUGAAGCAGCUGGAAUAGUUGAGAGUGUGGGAGAAGGAGUGAGCACAGUGAAAACAGGAGAUAAAGUUAUCACACUCUUUCUACCGCAGUGUGGAGAAUGUGCCUCUUGCCUUAAUCCUGGGGACAAUCUUUGUAUACAAAUCAAACAGUCGAAAUCCAGCCUGAUGUCUGAUGGAACCAGUAGGUUUACCUGCAAGGGAAAACCAGUGUAUCACUUUGCAAAUACAAGCACCUUCUCUGAAUACACAGUGAUAAAAGAAAUCUCUGUUGCCAAGAUUGAUGCAGUUGCACCUCUGGAGAAAGUAUGCCUAGUUAGCUGUGGUUUUUCCACUGGGUAUGGUGCUGCAAUCAAUACUGCCAAGGUGACCCCAGGCUCCACCUGUGCGGUAUUUGGCCUUGGAGGGGUCGGCCUGUCUGUGAUCAUAGGCUGUAAAGCAGCGGGAGCAGCCAGGAUCAUUGGGGUGGACAUCAACAAAGACAAAUUUGAGAAGGCAAAAGAAGUCGGUGCCACUGAGUGCAUCAACCCACAGGACUUCAAGAAACCCAUCCAAGAAGUUUUAUUUGAUAUGACAGGUGCUGGUGUGGACUUUUGCUUCGAGGUCAUCGGAAAUCCAGAAACUGUGGAAGCUGCCCUGGCCUCCUGCAAUGAGAGCCACGGGGUCUGUGUGAUUGUUGGGCUCUUGGCAGGUGUCCAACUCAACAUCAGUGGCUGGCUGUUCCUCUCGGGACGUUCUUUGAAGGGAACUGUUUUUGGAGGCUGGAAAAGCAAAGAGAGCGCCUCUAAACUGGUUUCUGAUUAUAUGGCAAAGAAGUUUAAUCUAGAUCCGCUAAUUACCCAUACUCUGAAUCUGGAUAAAAUCAAUGAAGCAGUUGAAUUCAUGAAAACCGGAAAAUGUAUCCGCUGUAUCCUGCUACCUUAAGUACAAUGUGAUAUAUGCAAGAUCUGCAGCUUAUUUCACCAACUAAAUUGUGUUCUGUAUCAUUUUCGUGGUCUAGAAGAAUUAUCUACACAACGCUGUUUCUAUUUUCUUGCCUCCGAUACAUUCAGCAGUAUGCUCAUAUGUGGAUUCUACCUACCCCCACUACCCUCACCAACAUUGUUCUUAUGUGACCCAAUGUCACCCAGUAACAUCCUCCCUUUUAAAGUUUGAUCUGAAUCACCCAAUUUCAGACCCUUUAAACAAGUCACCCCAAGAUACUCCCAUUUUCAUCUCUACCUCUGGGCCCAUGUUUCCUUGCAUAUUUUCUCUCCCACCCCAUGAAGCUCUGCCCAUUUCACACCAAAGAAACAAAACCUCACCAUUCAUGAGUUUAUUAAACAUUCAGGCUGAAGCAAGCUGAUGGAAGAGGGGAGGUCUUCAUUACAUCAACUUAAAUAAAUCCCCAAUGAACAUUGAGUAUUUCAUUCUUUUUUUUUUUAAUGUACUAACGUUUUUAAUAGUCUGAUCAGAUCAAUUCACAUCACCAGGUCAACCUGGGCCUGCUCACGUGACACAGCCGAGGCACACAGUGUCCCCACCUACCAGCUCUCCUGCCUUCCUGGCUACCAACAACAUUGAAACCCCUACACCUCCCUGAACAGACUGGCAUUUUUAAAAUUUUGGAUAAAACUAUUUCUUCCAUAGACUUCAAACAAUCAACUAGCCAAGUUAAUUAUGGUACAUCUAAAUAAAGUU